AUGGGUGAGAUUCUUUCUAAGGAUUUCACGGAGCGUAUCAGCUACCCCUCUUCGAGCUAUCAGCUCAAGGAGAUCACCAUGGCUACGAUCAUGAUCUACAAGUGUGAUCACAUUCUCAGCGAUAACAUCGAGAUCCCAAAGAGCAUCAAGAAGAACAAGUUCAUCAUCAAUUUUCCUAGGACUAACAACAAGUGUGUAUUCUUCUGCAUUGCUUACCACUUGGAGGAGAGUGCUCGUCCUGAUCGAAUGAUGGCAUCGGUUAAGGAUCGUGUCAAAGAGUACUGUACGUUCAAGGGUAUCAAGUACUCAGCCAAGUACUUCAAGGAGAUGCAGCCAAUUGAUACCAUGGAGUUCGACCAGCUCGAAGACUGCUUCCAGCUAGCAAUCAACGUGUUUGAAAUGGAUCAGAACACUCUUGAGAUCAGCAAGCUACGCGAGUCGGAGAAGGCGUACGAGAAUGUUAUCAACAUUCUCGACUACAAGGGGCAUGCCAUUGAUAUCGCGGAGUGGAUCAAGGAAGGUGGAUGCGAAUGCGAUGACAAGAUUCGUUGCAUCUGUGGUCUUGGCAAGGGACUAUUUCCGUAUGAGUACAUCAAGUCAUUCGAUGUGCUCAGCGAGACUACUAUCCCAGCAAAGUCAGCGUUCGACAGCAGUCUCCGAGGAACAAGCAUCAGCGCCAACGACUAUGAGCGAGUCAAGUUCGUGUGGGAGCACUAUGAGAUGAAGUCAAUCAAGGACCUGCUGAUCUGGUACAACAAUCUUGAUGUCAAACCCUUCGUUCAGGCUAUCCAAGCCCAGCGUGAGCUGUUCAAGCGUUUCAAGCUCGACAUCUUUACGGACGGUGAUUCACUUCCGGGGCUGGGGGAGAAGGUUAUGUAUCAGACAUGCUUCACCAAUCCUGAUAAACGACCUAGAGUCCCAGCUAAGGCAUUCGACUUGCCAGAGCAGCGCUACCUAGGGUACAUCGAACAAGAUAAGAAGGCUGACCGCGAGUUUGGUAUGACCAUGCAACACCUGGAUGAGCUGCUUGAGAAGCAAAAGUAUCUUUGCGGUCUCUGCUACUGUCAGCUUACAGCUGAGACGGCAUCAGCCGAUCGAAUCAACAACAAGCUCGGUCAUGAGGAUGGCAACAUUCUCAUCAGCUGCAUAGCUUGCAACGUCGCUCGUAAGGAAAUGCCUCUGAAAGCCUUCAGACGCAAGAAGCUGCUCGAGUUCAACGCUGACAAGCUGGUCUGGUCAAUCGACAAGGAGGAGGAGGCAGAGAUCUACCACAAGAUGAAGGCGAACGUUGCUGGUGGUCCAUCGAUCAUCUUUAACAGAUACGGGAAACGCAAUGAGACGAAGAUCCGCGGCGGCCAGCUCUGUAAGAAGGUUAUUGGCUACGGUGCUAAUACUCUGUAUCUGUGGGCACUCGGCAAUGAGAUGCCAUGCGGACGGCUGACCACGAUUGAUGCGAACGAUGAUAAGAUCUUUGGCUUUCUUGAAUGCGACAUCCGUACCCCAGAGCACCUCAAGGACUAUUUCUCGGAAAUGACUCCCAUCUUCAAGAACGUCGAGAUCAACUGCAACGAUGAGAACAUUAUUGGUAAGCACAUGUUUGACUACAAGUCUCGUGCGUCGACACGCGCAAAGCCUGCGCGCAAGCUGAUCGGCAGCUACUUCGGCGAGAAGAUCCUCAUCUACACCCCGCUGCUCAAAUGGUACUUAGCUCAUGGCAUGGAGAUCACAAAGACAUACUCAUUCAUCAAAGCUAGUUCUCACCGCGCAUUCAAGCCGUUCAUGGAUGAUGUAUCCAAUGAUCGUCGGGAAGGUGAUGUUCAUAAGAUCAAGACAAUGAUUGUCGAUUUGAGUAAGCUUAUUGGCAACGCUGCAUUUGGUCGAUCCGGCAUGGAUAAGAGCAAGCACAAGGAGGUUACGUAUGAGAGCAACGACAAGACUGUUCGCACUAUCAUCGAGAAGCAAAACUUCCACAAUGUGGUCGAGCUGGCUGGAUCGUACGAGGUUUCGCUCAAGAAGCGCAAAAUUAAGCUCAUCAAUCCGAUCCACCUCUCGAUUGCUAUCUACCAACUCGCUAAGCUACGCAUGCUCCAGUUCUACUAUGAUUGCAUCGACUACUACUUUGAUCGAUCUGACUACCAGUAUCAGGAAAUGGAUACUGACUCAGCGUACAUUGCUUUCAGCUGUGAGAAGUCAUUCGAACAAUGCAUCAAGCCUGAGCUAGAAGCGCACUUCAAGGAGCACAAGUACGAUUGGUUCCCCCGUGAUUUCGACGAUGAGGUAGCCAAGUUUGAUCGUCGUACUCCUGGCCUGGUCAAGGAUGAGUGGUCUGGUGAUGCUAUGGUUUCGCUGUCGUAUAAGAACUACAUCUGCUACAUGCCUGACGAGCAAUACAAGGUCAAGGUAUCUGCUAAGGGUGUUCAGCAGGGUCAUGGCCGCAAGAAGGAUGUUCUCAACCAAGAGGGGUUCGAGUCUGUGGUCAAGGAUCAGAUAACACUUUCUGGAACCAACAAGGGUUUCCGUAUUUGUAAGGAGACUCAAGGAAUCAUCACCUACACUCAGCAGAAGACUGCGCGGUCGUACUGGUAUCAUAAGCGCGCGUUCAACCUCGUGGGUUUCGCGUAUGGCAAGGCGGAAGGCGCUCUCACACGCGGUGCAACGGUGAAGGUCAAGCUGGUGCAGAGCGGGCGCUGGGCGGAGGAGCCUGCUCAGGCAGUCGAGCUGCUCCAGGAAGAACUGACCCCAAGAGCUGUGUCAGCUGAAGAAGCUCUGAAUGGAGUUGGCACCUUUGUGGGGGGCGUGAUAUGCACGUCACGAAUAUAG